AUGGCCACACUGAGUGUGAAGCCAGGGCAGCGGUUCACCGUGCCAGACUGGCACACCAACUCCCAUCUCAUCUCAGCUGAUGCUGAACGCCAGCGUUCUGCUUCCCACCAAGUCCGACAAGAAGCCCGAUCUCUCCGCAACAAAACCAGCAACCAGACAAAGUGGGAUGAGCAUGACAACCAAACCCGCCUGGCUGAACGUAUCAGCAGUGUGAACAGAUGGAAGGAGACGCUGGACAAAUGCCUUGCAGACAUAGAUGUGGAAAUCGAUGCCUUAGCCAAAGUGAAGGAAGCAGCAGAAUGUGCCCUCCAGGCAAAGAACUUGCCUUUGGAGGUUUCCAUUGAGUGCCUGACGCUGCGUGAGAGCCGCCGUGCCAUCGAUGUGGUGAGGGACCCCGUGGAGGAGGAGCUGCACAAGGAGGUGAAGGUGAUAGACAAAGCCAAGAGAGAACUGCAGCAGAGAGUGAAUGACAUCUUCGAACAGCUCUGCCUCUUGCAGGAAGCUCGCCAGCAGCUGCGCUGUGACCACCGGUGCAAGAUGGAAGCGUUGGAAAUAGAUCGCAUGUGCUUAUCCCUCAACGUGAACUCUCCCAACAUCUCCCUGAAGGUCAACCCAACACGGGUCCCAGACAGGUCAACUACAAUUGAAGAGUGGGAACAGAAUAGCCAGUGUAACAAGGAGCACGCUGAGGCAGAAAUGAAAGCCUCGACUGAGCUCCGAGGAGCAACAGUGCUUGCCAUUGCCCAGACAAACAACGAGCUGGAGGCUCAGCGUGUAGCUACGGAAUUUGCCUUGCGCAAGAGGAUUAGAGACCUGGAGAGAGCCUAUGAUGAGCUGAAAUGGCAGGAGCAGAAUACCUUGGAGGAAAUUGCUGAGAUGGAGGAGGACAUCCGACGCUUGGAGGAAGAUUUUCGAAGGAAAACGCAAGAUCUGAAGUUGGCACACACCCGCCUGGAGACCCGCAUGUGCCGGCCCAGUAUGGAGCUCUGUUGGGAUCAGGCCCAGUACGGGCUAACCGAUGAGGUCCACCAGCUGGGGGGAACCAUCCGUGCGCUCCGGCAGAAGCUGGCAGAGUCGCAGUAAGUCUCCUGCUCUCUGGGCAGAGCAGUGGCCCAGCACUGCGUGCAUAUUUCUGCUGCCAGCAAGUGGGAANNNAAUUCCCUGGUGCUGGACAACAAGUGCAUGGACAGCCGGAGAAAGCUCGUGGUCCCUGCCGAGAAGUUUGCGCCUGAGGUUGACACUUUCAACCAGACCACGAACCCUGCGCUCUCCCCGCUGAGGAACGGGCAGCUGGAGCUGGCUUCGUGCGCCGGGGCGUGUUGUGCAGCGAGCUGCGCCGAGGAGAAAGCGACCGGUGACUCAGUUCCGCAGCGAGGGGAGCGGACAUCUGCGUCGUGUUAG